CAGUCCCUAGUUUCCAGCUUCCAGGCCCCAACAUCGGCCUCUAGCUCCUGACGUCUCUCCUCCCUUCGCUCUACCGCAAAUCUCCAAGUCCAUCUGAUUUCUGUUGUCUUUCUCUGCUCAGACUGCAGUUGAGUUAGAAUUAAUGGUGCACUGCUGGCGUUUCAAAGCGUGAGUAUGUAUACAUUUGGCAGGCAGGCACCCUCAAUCUGAGUUUGCCCAACUGCUAAGGCAAGGUCAGGCUCUCUGGCCAUCUCGGUGUGCGCUGCUUGUUUGCGUACACAGUGGAAAGAAAGCACACACAUUUGGUGUCUUGAAAGAGCUUGCUGCUCUCCUGAGGUAGGUGAGGUAGGUUUCAUUAGCAGGGACUGAAAGGACCUUCUCCGACACCAGACACGCUGAGCACGCUGUGUGAAGACAGGAUGUCACAUGACAAAGGAAACCAGUACAAGUAAUCAUUUAAGGAAAAGUGUCCUACGCAAGCUCAUUUAGAGAAGAACAAGACUACACUGAAGAGAGAAAUCACCCCAACUGAGGAUUACAGCGAAGACAGAGGAAGUGUCUGCAGGAUGAUCUCAUUACAUCGGGUGGUAUAUUUUAUCUUUUUUGUCUCAGUUUCUGGUGGCUGUGUCAUUAAGCUCUUUAAAGACACCUGCUUUCAAGGAGGUGACAUUGGUACUGUUUUCACCCCAAGUGCCAAGUACUGCCAACUGGUCUGCACCCACCACCCACGGUGCCUGCUCUUCACGUUCAUGGCUGAGUCAUCUUCGGAAGAUCCUACCAAAUGGUUUGCUUGCAUCCUGAAGGACAGCGUUACAGAAACACUGCCAAUGGUAAACAUGACGGGAGCAGUUUCUGGAUAUUCGUUCAAGCAGUGCCCUCAGCAAUUAAGUGUUUGCAGCAAAGAUGUGUAUGUGGACCUAGACAUGAAGGGCAUGAACUACAACAGCUCUGUCGUGAAGAAUGCUCAGGAGUGCCAAGAGAGGUGCACCAAUGAUGCCCAUUGUCACUUUUUCACAUACGCAACAGGGCGUUUUCCCAGUGUGGAGCAUCGCAAAACUUGUCUUUUGAAGUACACCCAAACGGGGACACCAACCAGAAUAACAAAGCUCAAUCAUGUGGUAUCGGGAUUUUCACUGAAGUCCUGUGGACUGUCUAACGUGGCUUGCAUUAGGGACAUUUUCCCUAACACGAUGCUUGCCGACCUCAAUGUUGACAGCGUGCUGGCCCCAGAUGCCUUUGUCUGUCGACGCAUUUGUACACAUCACCCCACUUGUUUGUUUUUUACAUUCUUUUCCCAAGAGUGGCCGAGAGAAUCUCAAAGACAUCUUUGCCUCCUUAAAACAUCUGAAAGUGGAUUACCGAGCUCGCGCAUUACAAGGAACAACGUCCUCUCUGGCUUCAGUCUCCAGCAUUGCAAGCAUAGCACCCCAGUAUUCUGCCAUCCGUCCUUCUACAAUGACACUGAUUUCUUGGGAGAAGAAUUGGAUAUUGUUGAAGUGAAAGGCCACGAAACCUGCCAGAAAACGUGCACCAAUGCUGUCCGCUGCCAGUUUUUUACCUAUUCCCCAUCUCGAGGAUUUCGCAAUGAAGGGAAGGGAAGAUGCUCCCUAAAACUGUCUUCAAAUGGAUCUCCAACUAGAAUACUUCAUGGGACGGGAGGCGUCUCUGGAUACACUUUGAGGCUGUGCAAAAUGGAUAACGUGUGCACAACCAAAAUCAAGUCCAGGAUUGUCGGAGGAAGUGCGUCUGUUCACGGUGAGUGGCCAUGGCAGGUGGCCCUGCACAUCACCUCGCCCACCCAGGGACACCUGUGUGGAGGCUCCAUCAUCGGAAACCAGUGGAUACUGACAGCCGCUCACUGCUUCUCUGGAGUUCUGUCCACACCAUCAAGCUGGAGCCCUUGCUCUCAUUAUUUUCAGUAUCGUCCAAAUGUGAAUGUUCCCGCCGGGGGAGUGUGUAUCCCAAGGAAGUCAGAGGCAUCUAAACACCUGCGUGUCUAUGGUGACAUUGUGCACCAAUCAGAAAUAAAUGAAGACACAGCUUUCUUCAGGGUUCAAGAAAUAAUCAUUCAUGAUCAAUAUAAGGCGGCAGAAAGUGGGUAUGAUAUUGCCCUGCUGAAACUGGAAUCAUCCAUGAAUUACACAGAUUCUCAGCGGCCCAUAUGCCUACCUUCCAAAGGCGAUGAGAACGUCCUGUACACGGAGUGCUGGGUGACUGGAUGGGGAUAUGCCCAAUCAAGAGGCGAAGUACAAAAUACUCUCCAGAAAGUCAAGAUACCAUUGGUGUCAAAUGAAGAAUGUCAGACAAGAUACAGGAAUCAUAAAAUAACCAACAAGAUGAUCUGUGCAGGCUACAAGGAAGGGGGGAAGGACGCAUGCAAGGGAGAUUCUGGAGGGCCGCUGUCCUGUAAGCACAAUGGGGUCUGGCAUUUGGUGGGCAUCACAAGCUGGGGUGAAGGCUGUGGCCGGAGGGAAAGGCCAGGUGUCUACACCAACGUGGCCAAGUAUGUGGACUGGAUUUUGGAGAAAACUCAAACGGUGUGAAAGAGCUCAGUAGGUAUCAUUUGGUGACCCCGGAAGAUUAGUCCACAAGAGCGGGCUUGAUCCCAGUGAGGAGGACACUGGGAUGCUGUAUCCUCUGCUGUAACAAACCGAAGGGGCUUGAUGGAUGUAGAGGUUAACAGACAAUCUUUGACAGUCUUCAUGAACCAAUUCUCUCCUUCCACUCUGUGAGAUCCAGAGAUGGGCAUGCGGUGUUCAGACUCCGUGGCAAAUAUCUGUACCGACUUAGCCAUGUGUCAAGCCAGCUGGCCUGGCUUCCCGCAGAUGCUGGGCAUCAAAGUCCGGUCCUCAAGUAUGCCCAGCAAGCGUUUUGAUGGACUGAGCUCCCCAGUGGCCUUUUCAAUGUUCUCUAUGUAUUUUCUCAAAUUAGUCUGGUGGUGUGAAAGCAGACUCCAUAAUUUCCAUAGGGCCGUGUUUAGGAGGAGCAAUUCCCGAAGAGCUGGUACCUUGACGAUUCAUCUUGAUGUGCUUGUCUUGGAAAGCAUCUCUGUACAACUUAUGCUCCCGUUGUCAGUACUCCGGUAAAGAGCAGAUUGAUGGAGAUAAGAUGGGCAGGCCAAAACCUCCCUGAGAUCUGCCAGAGUGUGCAGCUCUGCCGAGAGCUGAGUAAUGAAUGUGUUCAGCAGAAAUGAAUGUCGAAAACAUGUGUAGUAUGGUUAAAGGUGAUUUAGGAGCCAACAUGGUUUGGGUGUAGUCUUCAGCAUCCUCAAACAGCCCGUGGGGCAAUAUUUGAACUGUGACCGCAUCAUUUUCAAUCAGUGUCAAUAACUAUACAAGCUGCCCAAAUGACAAACAUCUAUUGUGUACAAUUAUGUGACAGUGUCUCAUGGAACUUUGGGAGUUUAGGCAUUGUCAAUAAAUUAUUUCUCAUUUCAUGAA